CAAAUCAACACUGUUCCUCUCUUCAGACUGAUUAUUCGCGGUUUAAAAACGCAUUCCAGUAAAUUUCGGUUUAUGGUGUCCAACAUAAUUGACAACGAUGGCCAGCAAACCGUCAGCAGAUUCAGCAAACCAGUUCUCGCUGCUUCCGAAAAUUAUCAACGGAGGAAUAGCCGGCAUCAUUGGCGUAUCGUGUGUAUUUCCACUGGAUUUAGUUAAAACACGGCUUCAAAAUCAACAAAUUGGACCAAAUGGCGAGAAAAUGUACACGUCAAUGUUCGAUUGCUUCAAGAAAACCUACAAAGCCGAGGGCUACUUCGGAAUGUACCGUGGAUCGGCUGUUAAUAUCGUGCUGAUUACACCGGAGAAAGCCAUAAAAUUGGCAGCCAACGAUUUCUUCCGAUAUCAUUUGAGACCGAGUGAUAGCGGUGGUCAACUGCCAGUUACUCGACAAAUGGCUGCCGGAGGUUUGGCCGGCUUUUGUCAGAUAGUCAUCACAACUCCGAUGGAAUUGCUCAAGAUUCAAAUGCAAGAUGCUGGGAGACUGGCCGCCAAGGCGAAAGAAACUGGCGCGACGAUCCCUAGGACUACAGCUACCCAAAUAGCCACGACACUGCUGAAAACGAAAGGCAUCACCGGACUUUACAAGGGCACAGGAGCCACCAUGUUACGAGAUGUUUCGUUCUCAAUCGUAUACUUCCCAUUAUUUGCCACCUUGAACGAUUUCGGCCCACGGAAAGCGGAUGGAUCCGGGGAAGCCGUAUUCUGGUGUUCAUUCUUGAGCGGGUGUGCUUCGGGGUCAUUUUCUGCCCUGGCCGUUACUCCAUUUGAUGUCAUCAAGACACGUUUACAAGCCAUGAAAAAAGCAGAAGGAGAAGUGGAAUUCACUGGAAUCGUGGAUUGCGCGAAGAAAACUUUAGCCAACGAAGGACCCAAAGCCUUCUUCAAGGGAGGCCUUUGCCGUAUGAUAGUGCUGGCACCACUGUUCGGUAUUGCCCAAGCAGUUUAUUUCCUUGGAGUCGCUGAAUCCUUACUGGGAAUGAAACAAUACAAAGUUUGAAGCUUUUUGUAAAGGAUAUUCUUAAAAUGUUAUAUGGGAAAUGUGAAACAAGCUAUAAAAAUAUGAUUCUGA